AGCCUCCUGGGGGAGAGGAGGAGGUAGGGAGCCGUCUCCAUGGAAACCUCUGGGCGUAAGACGCGGCCAAAUAGUAGAGGCUGGCGCCGAGGAAAGCCCCGAGGCGCCCCGAAUCCCCGGCGUCCUGAUUCUGACCCAGGUCCCCAUCUAGGUUGGGGGUCCAACCCUGAAUCCAGCCCAGGCUCGAGACUCCGCCCCCAUCCCCGCCCCCGUCCCCACCUCCACACCGAGCCUGAUCUUGAACCAGUCUCCCUCCAGACCCCCAGCCCCGAUUCUGUGUCUGGACCUGAUCUUUUCUUCGUCUCCGAAUCUGACCCAGUCCCCAAACCCGGCCCCGACUCCGGCCCUGGCCCCGGUCCUGGCCCUGGCACCGGCCGCGGCCCCGGCCCCGGCCCCGGCCCCGGCCCCGGCCAGGCUCCCGGCAUGUUGCGGGACGAGACUCUGGACGGGGCCACGGUGCCCUCCCUCUGGAGAGGUUCCCUGGAGAUUCGGAGUGAAUCGAAAAGUUGCCAGACGGCCAGCAUUUCCACUUUGGAAGGAGCCUGCCAAGCCCGUGAACAGGUUGAUGCAGAGAUACAGACUGACCCACCUUCUCCUGUGGCCUUACGAUAUGCAACUCAGCAAGAUAUCCCUGGGUUGGCCUCCUUCCUCCGUCGGGUAGAAAACCUUAUCAUCCGGGAGCUCGAUAAGAACUGGCAGAGCCAUGCAUUUGAUGGCUUUGAGGUGAACUGGACAGAGCAACAGCAGACGGUGACUUGCAGGCAUACCCUGUGUUACCCUCUGGCUCAGGCUCAGAAGCUGCAGGUGACCAGCGUCUCUUGGAAUGCUACUGGGUCAGUGGUGGCAUGUUCCUAUGGCCGUUUGGAUGAUGGUGACUGGAGCACUGAGAAGUCUUUUGUAUGCUCCUGGAACCUGGAUCGUCGGGGCCUAAACCCCAGGCAACCUUCUGCUGUGGUGGAGGUCCCCAGCUCCGUCAUGUGCCUGGCGUUCCAUCCAACUCAGCCCUCUCACAUUGCAGGUGGCCUCUACAGUGGGGAGGUACUGGUUUGGGACAUGAGCCGGCCUGAGGACUCCUUGCUAUGGAGGACAGGAAUGACAGAUGACACUCACACAGAUCCUGUCUAUCAGGUUGCCUGGCUGCCAGAACCCCGGCACAGCCACCGCUUCCAGCUGUUGAGCGUCUCCACGGACGGGAAGGUGUUGCUGUGGCAGGCGGCUGGUCCAGGACAGCUGCAGCUGACAGAGGGCUUUGCGCUAGUCGUCCAGCAGAUCCCCCGAAACACAAAGCUGAAGAAGCCCACCCGGGGUGAGACAGAGGUAGGGGUCACAGCCCUAGCCUUCUCCAGCUUUGACUCCAGCUUGUUUAUCCUGGGCACUGAAGGUGGCUUCCCACUCAAAUGUUCAACAGCAGUGGAAGUGGCAGCCCUUACCCGAAUGCCCAGCUCCCUGCCACUCCGAGCACCUGCCCAAUUCACCUUCUCCCCUCAUGGUGGCCCCAUCUACUCUGUGAGCUGCUCACCCUUCCACAGGAACUUGUUUCUGAGUGCUGGGACAGAUGGCCACAUCCACCUCUAUUCCAUGCUGCAGGCCCAGCCCUUGACCUCUCUCCAGCUCUCUCACAAAUACCUGUUUAGCGUACGUUGGUCUCCUGUCCGUCCUUUGGUCUUUGCUGCUGCCUCUGGGGAAGGAGACAUACAGUUGUUUGAUCUCAGGAAGAGCUCCCAGAAGCCUACAGUUUCUAUCAAACAAACCCCAGAUGAAAGCCCUGUCUACUGUCUGGAAUUCAAUCUUCAACAAACUCAACUUCUGGCUGCUGGGGAUGCCAAAGGUGUUGUAAAGAUAUGGCAGCUAAGCACAGAGUUCACAGAACAAGCGCCCCGGGAAACAGAAGAUUUGGACCAAUUGGCAACUGAGGUGGCUAGCUGAAGCUUCCUGAACUUUCCUUUUCCAAGGUGGUGACAGGCAGAAAUGAGCAAUGCAGGGUACUGAAGGUGCUUUUACCCCAUGGCAUACACAAAGAAUUGUUAUUUAAGGCUUGAAGAGUUCUGCUUCUAUGAGCAGGCACUUGAGUAUUAAGUCUGUUACUCACAUGAUAACAUAAAGAUUUAGGCAUUUGCUAAUACAAAGAGAAAAAAAGCUUUUUUUUUUUGCGGGGGUCAAGUCAUUUAUUUAUCUUUUUUUUUUGCAUACAGAAAAUUGGGAGGAAACAGGAAUGAAGUGAAGUGAACUUUAUAGGAUGUUCCCCCUUCAGAUCUGGUUGGGGAGAGCUGGUUUUAGGUCAGAGGAGGAGACAGGGUGAAAUUCCAUAAUUAUUAUAAACAUAAAUCUCCUGACAGUGAUCCAGCCAUUUCAAUUGGACUCGUAACAUUUUAUUGAAGCACCAUUUUCUCUAAUAUUCCCAAGCUAAGCAGUUUUAAAGGUUACAUUUGGAAGUAACACUGUCAAUGUUUUUUUCUUUAAGAGCACAAAGAUGGACAGACAUGCAGUGACGCAGCAAGACGAGCAGUGUUUGGCUGUGGCUAACACUAGGCAGGGGCUGUGAAUCAAUUCACAAAGAGAGAACGGGUAAAUUCUACAUAGUCAAAAGCAGAGGGGAGUUCACGGCCCUUGCCAUCAACAUAGGGCUUCAUGUGUGAGAUGCAGUAGUCGGCUUGUUCCCUGGUCAGAUUCUGAAAGGGGAAAAAUAGAGAGAUUAGGAGGUCAGCCAAGUGGAUCCAAGGGAGCUGAACUUUUGUCUUUAACCAAAACCAACUUCUGGAGAGCAAUCUCUUGGGAGAUUGAGAAGCCCCCAAUCAUUUGUUCCUUUCACAGAAGGAUGAAAGAACACAAAGGAAAGAAUCUAGAACCAACCCUCUCUACUCUGUGCCCUCUCCUUAUUCAGGUAGAGAUUGUAAACCCUGCCCAGGGUUUACUAUCUCAGUGUGAAAAUCAUUAUCUCAGGAAGUAUACUUCAGGAGACCUGGCUUCUAGUCUGGUUCUACCCCAACUGGCCUUGUGGGUAAGUCACAAAGGGCCUAGAAACUGUCAGUUAUAUUCCAAAAGGGGACAUUCUAUAAUACCUAAGGGAGUCAUUACAACUAUUAUACACAUAAGCUCAGACUGGUACAGUCUAUAUCUUGACCUGAUGAGGUCUACAGCUUACGCAAAGACAGAUUCUGACUUGUUGGGAAGAAUAAAUAUAUAAACAA